UUUGGGCAGAUGAGGAACAGUAAAGAGGUAAUAAUGAUCAAGAUUCCUUUUUUAUUUCCGAGGAAAAGGCAGAAGGAUGAGAGGAGACACACAGCAUUAUCCUCGUUAUAUUAUCCCUGCAGAGGAGCUCUCAAUCGCGGGACCGGCUGUUGCUUUCAUUGAUCACACCGUCCAACGCUUGGAAGGCUCCACCAUCUUCGUACUUACUACUAUUCCAUGUCUUCUUCCUCUUCCACCACUCGGAUGACUGUGGAGGGUGGGCCGCUGAGGUACUUGGGCAUGUGAGUGGUUCCUAUUUAACGACCGGUGGAGUCAAGAAUGGUUCGAGCCCUCCCGUAGGCCUACAUGCAGGAGACUCGGUGAGCAACUCCAAGACUCGUGAUGGAUCCCGAAGCCGGACAGAGUCCUAAUGCCCUAAAGAAGAAUUCCUGGAAGGCCACUUUGCUUUUGGCAUACCAAAGCCUAGGCGUGGUAUACGGUGACCUGAGCAUUUCACCUUUGUAUGUGUACAAGAGCACGUUUGCUGAGGACAUAAAGCAUUCCGAAAGUAACGAAGAGAUCUUUGGUGUGCUGUCCUUUGUGUUCUGGACUCUUACUCUCGUCCCACUUUUCAAGUAUGUGUUCAUAGUUCUUAGAGCUGAUGACAAUGGUCAAGGUGGUACUUUUGCUCUGUAUUCUUUGAUUUGUAGAAAUGUAAAUGUCAGUCUCCUGCCGAACAGACAGGCGGCCGACGAAGAACUAUCGACAUACAGAUAUGAAAGCCACCCGGAAAGCAGCUACAAGCCGAGUAUCAAAACUUGGAUUGAGAAACACAAGAAUUUACAUGUUGUUCUCUUGAUAGUAGUCAUGCUCGGUACUUGUAUGGUCAUUGGAGAUGGAGUGCUCACUCCGGCCAUAUCAGUGUUUUCGGCGGUUUCAGGGCUUGAAUUGUCUCUGUCCAAGACUCACCAUGAAUAUGCCGUGGUUCCUAUUACUUGCUUCUUGAUAGUGUGCUUGUUUGCGCUUCAACAUUAUGGCACUCAUCGGGUUGGAUUCUUAUUUGCACCAAUUAUCGUCACUUGGCUACUCUGUAUCAGUGGACUCGGCAUAUACAACAUCGUCAAAUGGAAUCCCCUUAUUUAUCAAGCGUUGUCGCCGUAUUACAUGUUGAAGUUCUUGAGGAAGACAAGGAAGGCUGGUUGGAUGUCCUUGGGAGGAAUUCUACUAUGCAUGACAGGGUCAGAGGCAAUGUUUGCGGAUUUAGGUCACUUCUCAUAUAGAGCAAUUCAGAUUGCUUUCACUUCGUGCGUUUAUCCUGCUUUAGUUUUGGCAUACAUGGGACAAGCAGCUUACUUGUCCAAACAUCAUAUUAUCAGCAACAGUUACCAGAUCGGUUUUUACGUCUAUGUUCCAGAAAGUGUUAGAUGGCCUGUGCUUGUGAUAGCAAUACUAGCUUCUGUUGUGGGGAGUCAAGCAAUCAUUAGCGGAACAUUCUCUAUAGUGAGCCAAAGCCAAUCUCUCGGUUGCUUCCCAAGGGUCAAGGUAGUUCACACCUCCAACAAGGUUCAUGGCCAGAUCUAUAUUCCGGAGGUGAACUGGGCACUCAUGAUCCUCUGUGUCGCUGUUGCCCUCGGCUUCAGAGACACAAAACAUAUGGGCAAUGCAUCAGGCUUGGCAGUAAUUACGGUGAUGUUGGUUACCACUUGCCUCACGUCCUUGGUCAUGAUCUUAUGUUGGCACAAUUCCCCUCUUCUGGCACUUGCAUUUUUCGUCAUCUUUGGAUCGAUCGAGGCCUUGUUUUUCUCUUCCUCACUCAUGAAGUUCCUUGACGGUGCUUGGCUGCCCAUCCUUCUCGCGCUCAUCCUAAUGGCCAUCAUGUUCGUGUGGCAUUAUGCGACAAUAAAAAAAUACGAGUUUGAUUUGCAGAACAAGCUUUCCCUCGACUGGCUUCUCGCCCUCGGCAACUCUCUUGGCAUUUCCCGCGUCCCAGGCAUUGGCCUUGUCUACACUGACCUCGUAUCGGGUGUGCCAGCAAAUUUCUCUCACUUUGUGACGAACCUUCCAGCGUUCCACCAAAUCUUAGUCUUUGUCUGCAUAAAAUAUGUUCCUGUUCCUUUCAUUCCUGCUUCAGAAAGGUACCUUGUCGGCCGUGUGGGACCUCCAGAAUUCCGAUCCUACCGGUGCAUCGUGCGGUAUGGCUACCGUGAUGUCCACCAGGAUGUCAACUCUUUUGAGUCAGAGCUCAUUACCAGUCUGGCUGAUUUCAUUCAUGCUGAAGCAUUACACAAUUGCGACCCGUCUAAUGAUGAGGCUGAGGGUGGAUUUACUGUUGUUGGAAGCUCUCCAUAUAAUUCGUCUACCAAAUUGAACUUACGGGAUGCAAACAUGACGGUGCAGAUAUCAGAUGAGAGGAAUUCCGAAGGGAAGGAGGCCAUGGGUAAAGCGAAAAGGGUGAGGUUCCUUGUGGAGGAGAGUGAAAGCUCAACCGAAGGUGUCAUCGACGAAGAGCUGCAGGAGCUACUUGUGGCCCAAGAGUCCGGUACUGCAUUCAUAUUGGGGCAUUCGCACAUCCGAUCAAAGCCGGGAUCCUCCAUGAUAAAGAAGGUAGCAAUAGACCUUGUUUACAAUUUUCUCCGACGGAAUUGCCGGGGACCAGACGUGGCACUUAGACUGCCGCCAGAGUCGCUCCUUGAAGUUGGCAUGGUGUAUCUCCUGUAAGCUGAAAACAAGAGUGUGCUGCAGUCUAUAUGGAAAUUAUACACUUAGACUAAUUUGGCUACUAAAGUUUUCGAAAUUAUACUAUAUGGAAAUGAUGCAAUCUUUCAUUA